AUGUCGGCUCCGACGACACCAAUGCCGCUGAUGCCGAGAUCAAAUAGUAAUAUGGGUCGCUCCGACUCCAUGAAUAUGGUGGGAGCAGAGUUUGUGGGGACGUACAUCCUGAUAUUUGCGGCGGUGGGCGGGCCCAUAGUGAACGAGAAGUACAACGGCGUCGAGACGCUUAUAGGCAACGCGCUGUGCGCGGGUCUGGCGGUGAUGGUGGUGAUCUUGUCUAUCGGCCACAUCUCCGGGGCCCACCUCAACCCAUCCGUCACCGUAGCUUUUGCGUCCCUACGCCACUUCCCCUGGGCUGAAGUCCCGGCUUACGUCGUGGCGCAGAUAUCCGCUUCCAUCUGCGCUUCUUUCUCUCUCAAGGCCGUCUUCCACCCUUUCCUCUCCGGCGGCGUCACUGUUCCUUCCGUCACAACCGCCCAGGCCUUCGCCCUAGAGUUCCUCACCACCUUUUUUCUGCUCUUCGUCAUUAUCGCCGUCGCCACAGACACUCGCGCCGUGGGAGAGCUAGCCGGACUAGCUAUCGGAGCGGUAGUUAUGCUUGAUAUUCUUGUGGCUGGGCCCUCGACCGGUGCAUCAAUGAAUCCAGCACGAACGUUGGGGCCAGCUAUUGCUGCAGGGAAUUACAAGUCGAUAUGGAUUUACUUUGUCGCUCCAACACUUGGAGCUAUUGCAGGUGCGGCUACUUAUACUCUCGUCAAACUCCCCGCGCAAGAUGACCUACCUGAUCACCUCCCUGUCAGGAGCUUCCGCCGCUAG